GAAACACAGCAGUGACGCUUUCCUCAGAGCAAAGAAAUCUUUCUCAGAACUGCAGCUAGACAGGAUCUUUAUCAACUCUUUUUUUUUUUUUUUCUUUUUUUUUACCAGACCUCGCUGGGCACAAACUACACAAGAUGUCGGGAUUUUUAAUGUAACAUCAACAACCUACAGAUAGAUGCCUUUAAAAGACAUUACCUCAUCAUAACCAUGGCAUCCGUCUCGCUUGUGCUUCUGCUGUGGAUGUAUAUUUAUGUUGUGAUAAAAGUGACUGGAGCAUCAUCGUGUGGGAAUGUCUACACGCCUGCGCCUGUGGUUUUGGCUGGAUCUCCGGUUUCUGUGUCCUGCUCCAUCGAGGAAGACUGCCCCCUGACCAAAGGCAAAGUGUUUUACGUGCAGUGGAGGAUCGACGGCCAGGUUGUCCCAAGAAAUUACACCAAUCAGGAGAGUAACAUGACAUACAGUGUGCUCAUACCUCGCCUUCAAGACACAAGCGCAAGCAUACUCUGUCUUGUGUGUGUUCAGGAGGACUGCCAGAUUGUGGAUGGAGUGGAAGUUAAAAAUGGAAAUCCGCCAGUUCCUCAUAACCUGAGCUGUGCUUUGACUUUAGUGAAAAUGCCCAGCCUCCGGUGUGACUGGAAUCCUGUUCAGGAAAUAGCAAAUCUUCCUACCAACUAUACUCUGCAUUUAUUUAGGGCCAAGUCACAAAAGGUUUAUGCGGUCCCACCCGGGCAGCACUUCUACGUGGUUCCACGGGACGCAUACGGCUAUUUUACUGAGCUGGAGAUUUCUGUGACAGCAGCGAAUGUCUUUGGAAACACAACCACUGAUCCUCUGAAACUCACCCCUUUGAACACAGUGAAGUUUGAUCCUCCAAGUAUUACCAGGAUUGAAGCUCACAGGUAUGGCUGUUUAAAAUACAGCUGGAGUCUUUCGGAGACUCAGAAAUGGCUGCAGUUGACCUUCAUUGUGCAGUUAAGAUUGAAAACCGUGAACAACCAGCCAAACAAAGACCUGGUUUAUACCUCCAGGCAGUUACAGCUAAAUCCGAUUGAAGUGUGUAGCCUCCUCCAUUGGACAGAUUACAGAAGCACAGUGAGAGUGAAAUAUUAUGCAACUAGUGAAUGGAGUGAAUGGAGUGACCCAAAAACUGCUACAACACUUAAUAAGGCUCCAGCAGGCCGUCUGGACACUUGGCUUAAAGUGAACAAUCAGACCGCACAACUCUACUGGAAGCCCUCACAGCAGUUCCGUGCCAAUGGCCAGAAUUUAUCAUACAGCGUGGACUCAAAGGACACUAAAAAGAGACUGUGUGUUACAACAGAAACCUACUGCUUUUUCAGUCUCACCAAGUGGGAUAAAAAGAUCUCCCUGAGAGCCAGGAAUGAAGUGGGAUUCUCUGAUCAUAAUGAAGUACCAGUAGCAGUGCACAGGAACAAAGGCUUGGAGCCUGUGUCUAACUUCAGCGUUCAUCCUCAAUCCAACACGUCUCUGCAUGUGAUCUGGAAAAGCCCAGCGUUCUCCAAUGUCACUUCAUAUGUGCUGGAGUGGAGAUCUCUGUGCGGGACCACAGCAGCUCCACUGUCCUUCACACUGAUUCACAAAAACAAGAGCAAUACUACACUCACAGGAUUAGAGCCUUCCAAGCCCUACGAGAUCUCGAUUUAUCCCAGAUACGUGAAGGGGAUCGGACGUCCUGUGACUGUACUGGCUUACAGCAGUGAGAAAGCACCCUCUGAUGCUCCAGAGCUGAAUUAUGAGGAGAUCAGUCGUUCACACCUCAAAUUUCACUGGGGCCAAAUCCCCCUCGAAAAGAGAAAUGGGAUCAUCCAAGGAUAUAGGUUUUACUUCUGGCACAAUAAGAACGAAAUCAAAGAGAUAAUGACUACGGAGACCAGCGUUGAGGUGAAGGAUCUUCAACCACACACUAAAUAUCAUGCCCUUUUAUCCAUUUGUACCAAGGGCGGAUGUGUUAACGGAUCAUUUUCGACCCUGACAACUGAACGUUUGGAUGGAAUUGAGAUGGUGAUAUUUGUUAUCCCAGCAUGCAUUGGUGCAUCUCUCCUCGUCAUCAUUAUUGUGUUUACCUGUUUUGGGAAACAAGAACGGGUGAAGAUGUGUUUGUGGCCUAUAAUUCCCGAUCCGGCCAACAGCAGUAUUAAGAGGUGGACGACUACAGACUCACUACAGGGCUUGCCUGCAUUUAAAGAAGACAAGGACCCAGUGCUGGUGUAUCUGUCCCACCUGAGUCUCCUCGAUAUGACUGAGAAAGAGCCUUUUAAGAGCGGCUACGUGAAGGAGAACCAGUGGCCAGACGAUCUGAACAUCCACGCUGAUACUCAGAGCUGCGACCUGGAGCUGGAGCGGGAAUCUGUGCCGUACGCCACUGUACUUUUCAGCACUCCGUAUCAGAUCAAUUCCUCCAAUCCUCCAGCUUAUGUGCGCUCUGAGUCCACACAGCCGCUGUUAGCAGGAGACGAGCCGGGCAGUCCUCCACCGCCAUAUGAGAACGUGCCCAGAGGUGGCGCUGUUUCUGCACUGAACCGCUUCUCUGCAUUCUCUCAGUCCACUCAAAGCGAGGAGAGCGACGAACUCUGGGAGGAAUUUCCCAUGCUCAGAUCUUUGGAGGUCAAUCACAUCUAAACUCGCAUUCAUCCAAUCCUACGGUGGCUGAGAGAGCUUAAAGCAGUGUUUCCCCAACCCGGUUCCUGAAGGCACACCAACAGUACACAUUCAAACACUCCCUAAUCAAACACACCUGAA